AUGAAGUUGGUAAUUUCACUCCUUUUCAUAUUAGGUAUUAAAACAUUCGAAAAUGUAAUUAAGUGUGAAGAGGAUAAAAAUAUCAUUUUUAAUACACCCAAAGAACAUGAAGAAAAUAAUCUUAACAUAGACAACCCUUUGGGUGAUUCAGGUUCACCACCUUCUGAUGAUGGAACACAUAAAUCAGGAGAUCAUGUAAUAGAUGGAGUUGAGUUGGAGAGUGAGGAUCGUAAGACUCCCGACACAUGUCAUACUGUAAAUGAGGUAUCUGGAGGGAAGGAAGAGAAACCUGUUAUAGAAUAUCCCAGAAAAGAGAUCAUCACCAAAUCUGUUAUUCUACCGAAAGUUAAAUCGUCUGCCGAAGUUGCAGCUCUAAAAAAUCCAAACGCAAUCGAAGUGUCAUCCGCUUUGCUUAAAGACCAAGAUGGGAUAAAAAUUACAGGAUUGUGUAAUGCUAGAUUUCAAUUAUUCCUCGUUCCACAUAUAUUAAUAAAUGUUGAAACGGAGAAUAACAAAAUUUAUUUAGGAAAAAAAUUUCAAGACGUGAUAAUUACGAAAGAGUUGCAUAAAGGGAUUGGCGAUCCUAAUGAGAGAUUACAAUUUGAAGAAAAUCCAAAUUCUUUGGUGAAUAAAUGUGCCAAGGGGAAAACUUUUAAAUUUGUGGUAUCGGUUAAUGGGAUGGAAUUAGUUCUGAAGUGGAAGGUCUAUGAAAAGGACACUUCCGAAACGAGCAAUGACAAGGUAGAUGUGCGGACAUAUCUGAUAAAAAAUUUAGGUCACCCAAUUACGGCCAUACAAUUACACAGCGCAAAAGGAAAUAAUGAUUCGUUUUUAUUAGAAAGUAAAAUAUAUAUUUUAAAGAAUGAUAUUCCAGAAAAGUGUGAUUUAAUAGCGACAGGAUGUUUUCUCAGUGGGAAUAUAGACAUCGAAAGUUGUUACAAGUGUGCCUUAUUGUUUCAGAACACAGAUCCGACAAGUCCAUGCUUUAAUUAUAUCUCCCCAGAUGAUAAAGAAACAUUUGAAGAUAUAAAAACAAAAGCACAGGAUAAGGAUGAUCCACGUGAAGUUGAAUUGGAAGCAUCUAUUUAUAAAAUCUUAAAAGGAGUGUACAAAUUGGAUACUAAUGAGGAGAUGGAUUUGAUAAAUUUUAGUAAGGCAGAUGCAGCUUUGAAAGAAGAAUUAUUAAAAUAUUGCAGUUUAAUGAAAGAGUUGGAUACCAGCGGGACUCUGGACAAUUAUGACCUAGGUACCGUUGAAGAAAUAUAUAUCAAUUUAAAAAAACUAUUAGAAGAGAAUAGUGAUCAUGACAAAGUUGCACUAAAAAAUAAAUUAAAAAAUGCUGCGAUAUGCAUGAAGAAUACAGAGGAGUGGGUCGGAAACAGAAAGGGACUUUUGUUACCCAUUUUGUCAAACACCAAAGUAGAUUCUCCUCAUUACGAAGCUGCCAAAGAGGAAGAGAAAACAUUAAAAACUGCAAGUUCCAAUGAACAAAAUAAUUGUUAUGAUGGUGUUUUAGAUUUUGUUUCAGGUGAAGAAUCCAACAUGCAAUCCACGCAUUUUACGGAUUCGAUGUUUUGCAAUACAGAAUACUGUGAUAGGUGGAAAAACAAGAAUGAUUGUCUAGCCAAAAUUGAGGUGGAAGAGCAAGGAAAUUGUGCCACAUCUUGGCUAUUCACAUCUAAGUUGCAUCUAGAAACUAUUAAGUGCAUGAAAGGGUAUGACCACGUUCCUAGUUCUGCCUUAUACGUGGCUAACUGUUCACAAAAACAGGGUGAUGCAAAAUGCCACGCUGCCUCGAACCCGCUGGAAUAUUUGAACAUUCUUGAUGGCGAGAAGUUCUUACCAUCUGCAUCUGAUAUGCCGUAUUCAUACAAACUGGUGGGCGAUGUCUGUCCCAAACCGAUGAAUCACUGGACGAACCUGUGGAAUAAUAUCAAAUUGUUAAAUCAUGAGAAUGUUCCAAAUUCUGUAGGAACAAAGGGAUAUACCGCUUACCAAAGUGAGCAUUUCAAAAACAACAUGGACGAAUUUAUCAAAAUUGUAAAAUCUGAAGUCAUGAAAAAAGGUUCUGUCAUCGCAUAUGUGAAGACUAACCAAGUGAUGGAUUAUGACAUUAAUGGUAAAACGGUUCACGGCAUUUGCGGAGGUGAAGUGCCUGACCUUUCUGUGAAUAUAAUCGGGUAUGGAAACUACAUAAACGCUGAAGGAGUGAAAAAAUCCUACUGGCUUUUACGAAACAGCUGGGGUAAGUACUGGGGAGACAACGGAAACUUCAAAGUAGACAUGCAUACACCUGCACACUGCCAACACAACUUCAUCCACACAGCUGCUGUGUUCAAUUUGGACUUACUCCCCUUCGAAACUGUAUCAAAGAAGAACUCCGAACUACACAACUAUUAUAUGAAGAAUUCUCCAGAUUUUUACAACAAUCUUUAUUAUAUGAAUUUGGAUGCAAAGGAAGGAAGCGAAAAUGGCAACAAUGAAAAAGCAAAGGCCCACAGUUCGAUGGUUUCUGGACAGGAAGCCGAAGAAGAUGUAGAAUCUGAUGAAACACAAUCCUUAUUAUUGGACGAAGGAGAAGAUGCUGCUCCAGUACCGGACGAACUUGCAACGGUGACUGAGUCUAUCCCAGAGGAUGUGCCAGAAAGGGCAAAAGAGUCAGAAGAACUAGCUGAAAAAUCCAUUCUUGAACCUGUUACAGAGCCCGAUGCAAGAAAUCCAGAACAAAGUCAGGUAGUUGUUCCACAUGCAAAUCCAAGAGAUUCAUCAAAAAGUGUGCAAGAACCACGAGCUGCAACCACACACACACACAAUAUCUCCAUGAGUAAAAUAGUACAGAUAACCGAAGUAAUUCACAUUUUAAAACAUAUUAAAAAUGAAAAGUUAAGAUAUGGAAUAGUAACAUACGAAGAUGAUACUAGUAUUGCACAUGAUCACAAUUGUUCAAGGUCAUAUGCAGAAGACUCCAAUAAAUUAGAAGAGUGCAUACAAUUUUGCAAUGACGAAUGGAACAACUGCAAAGGAGAUCCAUCUCCUGGAUAUUGCUUAGCGAAAAGGAGAAAAAAAAACGAUUGCUAUUUCUGUUUUGUGUAA